AUGUGGGACCUCGGCGAUGAACUAUUACAGCAAGCUCCGGCGAAUGACCUCAAGGAUGUUUCCACACCUUGUACCGGUAAUGCCAUGUCUCUCUCAUCUAAAGGACAUUAUAUUGACAAGGCAUGGGGCAAGGACCGAUACCGAGAGCUCAUGAGAGUCGCCCGACAGUGGAGGCAGUUGAAGACGAUGAAAUGGCAUGGCUUCGGCCAUUGUUCCGACAGCCCGAAUGCAGGAGAUCUCGCAUUAUUUUGCCCGGCAUGUCCUCAGCCUGGGAUUAAUGUGUCCUUCUCAGGGGAUGAAUCACUUGAUGAGUGGAAAUACACCCGGUCAUUUGUUAUGGACAGAAAUUUCAAAGCUGAACACCUGCAUCCCAUGAAGCCAUUUGAUGAAGUUUGGCUGUCAGAUGGGUUGGGAUUUAUGGUGGGAAAGGACAGGUAUAAAACGCAUCUUGCAGAGGCUGCCAACACUUUAGAAAAAUCAAGCUGCAACAAUCACCGGGCAGUAAAUCAAGCAAAUGCGGCUCGGCACAAGCUGGAAUCCACGGGUAUCGGGGGAGUAGCCUGUAUUUUCAGAAAGGCGAAAGGCAAGCCGACCCAGCCAUUCGAUAUUCACGAACAAAUGAACAUGGACUAUGCCCUUUGUGAGGCUGCCCGGCACAACAUGGAAGGCAUCACCAGGGCGGUCACCUUCUAUGAUAUCAACUGUCAAUACAACAAGCACUUUCGGGUUCGGGUGGAUCGAAGCCGAUUUCUCGAAAUGAUUCCGGAAUUGACCAUCAUUCCCGGAAUCGGGUUGUGGCACAUCCACGGACAUCAGGACAGCUGCUAUGUCCGAUAUGCGUCGAAUUUUAUUGAAGGCAUCGGUCGGAUUGAUGGAGAGAUCAUGGAGACCCUAUGGUCACGUCUCAACCUGAUUUCCCCUGCUGCUCGGGGAAUGUCAUCCCCGCAUCGAAAGGAAUGUCUCGAUUAUCAGAUGAAUGAUUCCAAUUUCUGCAAGAUGAUCCGCAUGAAAAGGACCCUUUGCCGAAAAUACAAUGAAAAGGCUUUCGACAUACUCAAUGAAGCAGCACCCGGCGAUUCAAAGACAGAGUGGCUAGCCAGCGAGAGGAUCGCUCAGUCCAGCAGAAUAAAUAAUCCUGCGGCUAUGGAUGUAUAUGAGAUUAAUAUCAAGAAGGCACCGAGCAAAAAGGAGAUCGAGCUUAGGCUACUAGAGGAGGGUAAUGCCCGAAAUGCAGCACCUGCUCGCAGGUCUGUGGCGACAUGGAUAUCAAUGGGGUUGGCGAUUGAAGAGGCUCAAAUCGCAUUGCUCAUCGAGGUCCGAAGAAUUGGUAGAAGAACUACCGAGACACAGAAGUUAGACAUCGCCCGGCAACGCGAUCGUCUCCAAGGCCAGAUAGAUGGAUUCACUCGGUCUGCUAUUACGCAUCUCGGAGAGGGAUUUGAUGCAGAUGAUGAUCCUGAAGACUUGUACUUGGACAUUCUUGAUGAUCUCGAUGAUGACUUGGCAGACUUCACCGAGACAUCUGACACAUGGGCAAACUCCCCUGAGCUCACUGUAAUCCCAUUGCCAUCAAACCUUGGGGCAAGCCAAAUCCCAGGCCCUGAAAACUCGAGCUUGGUCCCAGGUGACGUCGGUGCAGCAGGCAGUGUCCCUCCAUGCCAGUAUAUACACGAAGACGAGGAAGCAAAUGAUGCAACUGGAGCCAGGGCAAGACCAGCACUGCCGUCGGCGAUCCAAAUGCCCAAGGUCAGCAAAACGAGUCCCUCGCUUGGUUCUGGUCAGUCGAAGUCGACCUUGGGGGUCCCGAUCACUCGUGGAAUGAGGAAUCUGACGGAGUCAUCCGAAGUUUACCGAGUUCAUUGGCUCCGGGCAAAGGCACUACGGGAUCGAUGGAAGGAAGAAAUGAUGUUGGUCCAAUUGGAGAUGGAUUGGACAUGUAACUUUUUCUUGUGGAAAGCAACCCAAUGGGGUGACAGGAUGCGCGAGUCAUUGGUGAAACACCUUCCGGGUCAUGCAUGCUACUCGGGAAGGCAAUCCCAAAUGUAUUCAUUGCUGGCACAGGAUGCCCAGGCAGCAUUUCAAGACCUGAAGACCGGACUUCCGGCAAUGGGUUCCGACCCCUCACACUCACUCAGGCAGAUAUUGCAGCUACAAUGUCAAUGGCUGCAUCUUCGCAUCCGAGCGUCCAUCUCUCAAUAUCAGAUGGAGGCUGCCCACACCCAGGAGCCAUCUGCUACUCGGAUCACGCACUUUAAAGCCGGGCUGCAAUGGGAGAUAGCUACUUUUGUGACUCCCAUCCUGCAGUACUCAGCUGCAAGGAACAUCAUUUUGGUUGUUCCGAGCCUGGUUGCUCAUAUUCUUCAGUUGAUUCCCGAGCUCACCUGGAACAUGGUUCCGGACCACAUCUUUUCAUCCCACCUAUGCCAGUUUCAAGACGUUGCAGAUCUGGGGGAUCCCUCCCGCAUUGUAUCCACCUAUGGUACUCCAUGGUGGACCGGAUCAACUGCCAUCCCGAACGAAUUAUGGCCAUGGGAUCAGGUAUUCGCUAAUUGUGUCUGUCACUACCAGCAUUGGCUAUCUGGCUUUGAGGACGAACAUCUUGUUGUUCCCGAGCAGGUGGAUGAAAGCUCGCUUGCAAUGCUGAAGGCACUGAGGUGGAUGAGGGAACGCCUCCUGACAGUGAUUGAGGAUCAACAAGCUGGCAUCCGUGAAAAGAUGGCAGAGAUUCAGAUGUACACCGCCGUCCUAACCAAAUUGAACCCAAGGGGACCAGAGUAGUUCUAGUCCUUCAGUUCAGAAUGUUGAUGUCUAAAUUCUG